AUGUUUUUGCGCAUCAGCAUUGUAUUCUUUCACUAUUGACAUCUCUUUUACUCGCACGACUCAGUAUCUUUUCAUUUCAUUCAGCAUUACGAUUUUUAUGUGCAAUUUCGUUCGUGUUGUAACAUCUUUGUUAUUUGUCAGUUGUCAAAUGAAAUGAAACUCCAUCUGUGAAAUCGGAAAUCGUAUGGUUAUUGUGUGAAUCACGAAAAUCCUACACAUUUAACCAAGAUUAUUCUAAAAUAGCUCGACAUGUGGUUAAAACGGAAUAAUAUGUGAAUAAAAAAAUUAUACCUACUUGAUUCUCAUCAGAAAUCAAGUCGCCGACUGCAAAAAUGUUGCGAUACUAUUUCAUGCUGAUAUGUUUGUUUUUCCUUUAUUCUGGAGUUGAAGCUUCAGGUGAGGCGAAAGGAGAUAAGGUGGUCGUGGAUUGUAGCACGUUACGACUGGGUCAGUACAUUUGCCCUGAUCCAAACAAAGAUCAAAUCGAUCCGAACACCCAACAGUUUGCAGGAUGCGUCAAAGGGAAAGAAGUUCCGUCAGAAGGGGAGGCAGAAGUGUACUGUAUCGCAUCUGAAGGAAUUAUCUGCAAUGAAACAAACAGCUCUUCAUUCAAAAGAAAGAUGCCAUGUAAAUGGACGAAUGGCUACUCACUAGAGAUAGCACUGCUUCUGUCAGUAUUCUUGGGUAUGUUCGGAUUGGACCGCUUUUAUUUAGGCUAUCCUGGGAUUGGGUUAGCUAAACUGUGUACUUUGGGAUUCAUGUUCCUGGGACAACUCUUGGACAUAAUUCUCAUUGCUGCUCAGGUGGUUGGUCCUUCUGAUGGUUCAGCCUAUGUUAUACCCUACUAUGGAGCUGGUGUCACAGUAGUCCGAAGCACCAACGAGACCUACCUGCUUCCCCAGGCAGACUGGCACAACAUCACUUGACAGUGGGGUACAAUAUCAUUUGAAGAUGACGAGGACUAUGAAUGGACUUAAGAUCUGUUUGAUGUGAACCAAAAAGUGGACUGAUUGUACUAGAAAUAAGGUUGUAAAUACUUUGUUAAGCUGAUGUGAUUUUUUUGUUUUAUGUAUAUGAGUGUUAAUCAUGGUAUUAAGCAAGUGUGGUUCUUGUUAUGAUUGGCGUACAGUACACUUUUGGACAACGGCUGUAAAUAUCUCUAGUGUGCCUUCUAGACAUUAGGAAAUGCAGUCCAACUGCACAUAAACAGCCAAUUAGAUGACAGAUGUAUUUAAACGAACUUUCUAUUUAUUUAUUUUAACAGAAACUUUAAACUUAUCUGUAAAUAUAGGAUUAAAUCAAACUUUGGUAUCCCAUAAUUAUCAUGUGAAGUGUAUACUGGUGUAUGAAAUAUUUAAUUUUGUAUAGUUUUCCAUUUUAUUGUAGAAUACAGAGGAGAAUUACGAUAACAAUGUUUUAUUUAAAUGGUAGCACAACAGGGAGUUAACACAAUAAAA